ACUCAGUUGACUUGAUAAUGACGUUAAGCGAAAAUCGAAACGUCGUCUUUGAUUUUAAACCAAAAUGGUUUUAAGUUUUUCCAUGUUAUCGCAGCGUUUUAUAGUUAAAUUUUUAGACAAUCAUCUUAUAUUGAGAACUAAAGAGGUCAACAGUGUAAUGUACCGUUUUAUAAUGACGACCAACCAGUAGCACCCACAACAAAAAAUAAACAAUUUCAGUAAUUACAGGCCACAGACCCGGUAUUUACAGAAUUUUUAUGUCGCUCAGGUAUAUCUGUGGUAUUUCUUCAAACGUACAAAUAACAUUGCUUCUUUCUUUCGCUAAUUUGUUAGACAGCAAUGCUAGUUCACCCAUAAAGGCCACUGGAGAAACUUCGACUCAAACUUCUGCGGAAACUCAUACCCAGAUUGCUGUCAAACGUGGAACUCUGACUUUAGCGGAACUACAGAUUCAACCUGCUGAGGAAUACCUGGGUCAGAUGGUUGACGAAAGUGAAACCUUCGUUUCAGGGAAUACUCGCAUUCCAUCUACGAACGAAACUCGUACUUUGACUGUGGAAGGCACAGAGGCCCAAGUUAAUGCAGAGGCUCAGAUUCCAGAUCAGGCUGAGAAACCUAGGACAGGGACUGGGGAAGCUACAGAAACUGGAGCUACUGGCGUGAGCAAGAUUCCGUCUGUGGCAAAAACUCAGACCCAGGCUUCAACUGAAAGAACGAACCUUGCUAGAGGCGAAACUCAGAUUCAACCUCCCGAAGAAACCUACCCCCGUACAAAGACUAAAAGAGAGACUAAAACUACGGAAGAAAUUGAAAAGUUUUCUGGUUCAGCAUUGGACAUUGACGCUUCAAGUCCACAUUCUUCAUACAAGGCACUUGAGAUCAAUACCACCUUGACCAGUUUACAUUUGAGUGGCAAAAAGAUUAGUGAUCAUGAUGUGCGUUCCCUCUCCGAGCAUCUUAAAGUCAACAAUAAGUUGACUCAUCUGGUUUUGAGCGACAACAACAUUGGUGAUAGUGGUGCGACUCGUCUCUCUGAAGCCCUAAAAGUAAAUAGAACGUUGGUUUAUCUGGAUGUGAGUGGGAACAACAUUGGUGAUAGUGGUGCGGCUCAUCUCUCUGAAGCCCUAAAAGUGAAUGGAACGUUGGCUCGUCUGUUUGUGAGAAGUAACAACCUUGGUGACAGUGGUGCGGCUCAUCUCUCUGAAGCUCUAAAAGUGAAUAGAGCGUUGGUUUAUCUGGAUGUGAGUGAGAACAACAUUGGUGAUAGUGGUGCGGUUCAUCUCUCUGAAGCUCUAAAAGUGAAUAGAACGUUAAGACAUCUUCGUGUGGGACACAACAACAUUGGCGAUAGUGGCGCGGCUCAUCUCUCUGAAGCUCUAGAAGUUAAUAGAACGUUGACUAUUCUGGACAGGAGAAAGGGCAGCAUUGGUCAUAGUGAUGCACGUCAUCCGACUGGGCUUACUCUCCAGCGCAACGUUCUCAGUGGUUUCUCGAGAAAAGUAUUCCCAGAAAAUGAAGGAAGGUAAACUUAUAUGAAAAAUAUGCAAACAGCAAACAAUUUAAGAUCAAAGGUUGCCAGUUAUUCAUCGGACGCAAGUUUUGAAUUUGAUAACUGCCUGUCAGUGUAGUGUUGCCCAAUGUAAGUUUUAGGCAAUCACAGUGCAGGAGAUAUCGUUGUUAGUCUAGCAUUCUAUCUAUCAUUCAUGCCGCGGAAAUGU